ACCAAGAUGGCGGCGAUUGGGAAAAAGUUUUGGUCUUUCUAAUUCUUCGUCGUAAAUCUCUCUCAAAGUAGCCAUUAUAAUCUUAUCAUGUGAAUUUUCAUUGUCUAGCCACUGCUGCGAGGACUAACGGACAAUAUAAGCGUGUUAUCACUCUGAAAAGGACGUCGUGCAUGUGAAUAGUAUGAUCUGACUUUUUUCUAGUGCACCUCUUGAUCGGUGUUGAUUACUGUUGACCUCUCUCACAAAAUCAUGGCAUCACGGAGACCGACUGCGGCCGGGAAUGUGUCUCAAGCAGGCAGGAAAACAACGGAUGGAUCCCCACAACCUCCACAGAGUGUUGGAGGUAGGAGAUCAGUAAUAGAACCGAAAGAUUCUCAACCUCCUACCAGACCAGGUGGUACGGUCCGGUCCAGCAGUGUUGCCACUGGUCGCUCCAGAAGGACCAGGAAGGAGUCAGCUGUGUAUCGUCCCCUGACAUCGUCACAGUCCCGCCGGCGACCCACACAACCCGGGGUGUCCCGAGCCACAGCCCGCUCCAUGCAAACCAUCACUGAACGAUCCGACACUGACUCCAUGAUGGGUGUCCCAGUGGUGGAACGUCUCCGCUAUGUUGUACCUGAGGAUGACCCCCAGCUGCAGAGGAGGAUGGGGAUCAUACAGAGGUACCUGCACGAGAAGAAACUCACCGCAGACAUGAAGGAGCUCUGUGGGAUGCUACUGAGCAUGCCCGACCUGCCAUAUAACCCGUACCCAGGCUUUGUGAGGAGGCUCAGGAGGAACUCUGAAAAAUUCCACAUGUUCAGAGGGGAUAAUGAUGAGAAGAUUACCCAGCUCUUAGAGAACCCUACCUAUGCGACAUCUCUGGGCUAUGUGAGUGGUGUGAAGGGUUACACCAAUGUGUGGGGCCUGUCCACCAUCCUACGUUGUGUAGACCCGCCGGCACUCCGCCAGUACGAGUGGCUUCUGGACGACCUGACUCCAAAAGAGUCCUCCAUACACAAGGAGGAAGGUUACAGUUGCCAGGUUCUAAUGGCCCUGGUUGGUCAGAGUGUGUUCACCAGCACGUUCUACCCCCAUCCUGACAUGGUGACAGUCAGGGUCUCCUAUGUGUCAGUAGGACCAGAUGCUGAACAGGGAAUUUCUAUGUUUGUUGACAGUGUUGUGAACGAUGUCAACAACAUGGACAAUCAGAACACCCAUGUCUACUUCGGUGUCAGUGUUCCAACUAAGGAUGAAGAGUUCCCUGGCCUAUGGGAUAACGUCUUCUGGGACCAAGAGAUGGUCCUGAAUAACCAGGCUGAUUUCUGGCAUGCUAUAUCUGAAGCAACAAUCAACAAUAAGAUGGCUACUUUUGAGGGAGUGUUCCGAGUUGACCCUUUCUCUGACACAUUCCGGAGAGGACAGAAGCAGUAUGAACUUCACUUUAUUGAAGUCUCAGAGAAAGACAAGACAGAAAGAUUGGUGAGUUUUGCAGAGUUCCCCCUGGGUACCCUACAUGAAGGCGUGUUCCUACAGAAGUCCCAUGCUGAAGCUUACCUCAACAUCUUCAUGCCGCGGCACGAAGUCAUGGACAAGGACCAACCUCCGCCUUCCAUGCAGCCACGCUACAAGUCAGACCUCUCAAAAAAUGAACAAGCUGAGGGCAAAAAGAAGUCUAAAGACAAGGAUGACAAGAAGAAGAGCAAGGAGGAAGAAAAGAGAGAUGGAGAGAAAGGGGAGGCAGAGGGAUUUGUUGGAUCAUCUGGGAAGUAUGGUCCUGACUCUUGGCAGGUGAAAUCGCCAAUCAGGGAGCACAUACAGAGGAAGAUAGCCAGUAUGCACCCUGAGGCAGAGGUCUUUGAUGUUGCCUACAAUUCCAUCCUUCUCAUCCUCAUGGACAGGAAUGCCUAUCAGCAAAGUGCACUGAUCCAAAUCUACAGGCUGCUGCGUAGCACGGCAGCCAGGCUUAGCUCCAUCAUGGAACACAACAACGUGAUACGCAGCCUGGUGGCCAAGUACGAAGGGGUUUUACAGUCCCAUUUUGUACAAGGAGAGUUCAAGAAGUACAAAGAUGCACUCUUGAGUCUUCUGGAUAGCAGCCUGCUAGAGAGGUCCUCUGAUCUGAACUCAGCUUACAUGGACAUUAAGCAGAGGUUUACUGGGGUGAUAGGGUCAGACGAUGCUGUGGACCCACACAGCAUCCCUCUCAACAAGAAGAUGCUGUCCAUCCUGCGGAGCAUCAACCAGUACUGCUCCUGCAUCCAGCUGCAGCUGAUUGAAGAUAGCCUGAUACACGCCCCCAUACUGGAAGAGAUACUCCAGAUGAUGUACUUGACCUUCCCUGAGGAGAUGCCACGCCCACAGACCAGACAGAUGGAGAGGAGACAGGACAAGAAGAAGAAGAAGGGAGCGGCCCCUCUGGUGUCUGAGAUCUUCACACACGGAGCUGAGGACCCAGAUCUUCUCAAACAUGACAAACUGGCGGUGGAUGUUGAAAUAGGUAUAGAGCGGGCCUCAGUGCCGAAGGUCAUUGCUGUGGAGGCUGUCCUGAUGCAGUAUAUGGUGGACACAAAGCUGGAUGAGACCUGGCACGACUUUCUAGUGGAACUCCUGUGUGGUGCCUACCUGCCUCCAAACCCUUACCCACGCUUUGUCACUGCCAUGAGACAGGCUGCACUCAAGAUGGAACUGUGGACAGAAAAUCCAGACAAGUUGGUUCAGAAACUUGUUCACAGAUCAGAAAGAAUGAUUGAUCCAGACAACUACAUCUACCACAUCCCGGGGACGGAGGCGUAUGGACACGUGAGCGCCCUGAUGAUCCUGGACAUCGGGCACUUCCGUCUGGUGUCCCUCCUCGCUGACAUGCUCGUGAACCAGGAGGCACCGAAGAGGAGGGGAAGUUUCAAGAUAUUCCAGGCCUUGGCUAUAGCUGGAGCUAGCGGGCUGUAUGGCAGAAUGGCCCCCUACCUGUUGAAGUUGGAGCUGCAUGAGCACACUUACAUCAAGGGACCUAAGGGCUGUAGUGGGGAGGCCUUGCAGGCCUACCUUUCCAUUGUAUAUGACCACCUGAUAGACCUGUACAGGACAGGGACUAUCCUGGUAUACGGUGUGUUUCUGGGUGACAGUGGGGAGAGGUGGUCCAUCCAUGCUGUCAUACAGAGGAAGAAUGCAUUCAUGGCAGAGUUGGAGAGGACACUACAGUGCCAGGAACCUGCUUUUGUCAAGGUGUUUGUUGUACAGGAGAAGGGGUGGAGAUAUGUGCCUGUAGAAAAACACUUCCUGCUGCGCUAUGUGGAGGAUGAUGAAGACCAAGUUCAAAGAUUCUUCCCUUACAACACAGCAUCCCUGUAUCAGAACAUCUUCCUGGUCAGAGAAAAGGCAAGGUUCCACUUUGUGUACGGAGGGCCUGAGGACAACCAGGACCCUUUCACAGGACCAAACCUUCGGGCAGCCAGCAUGCAUGUAGACCACCUGGUUAAGUAUUACCUGGAGAGGAAUGACCUGCUGUCUGUGUACAGAUGGCUGACUGCAAGGGCACUCAUGUACCAGCACAUGUCAUACCUGCCUGACUGUUGGCGGAUGCAGCAUAGCCCCGCGGCGACUGUGGAGUACCUGAACACCCUGAACAUGAACAUGCAGGAGCUGGUGCUGUACGAGCUGGAGCGGACUGGCCGCAUGCUGGGGGAACACGACGUCCUGGUGGGGAAUCAACUCAUCAAACUCACUCAGCCUGAGGACGAUGAGAGCCCCCUCAACACAAUCCUCUUGGGAAAGAUGGCAAAUGCGUAUCGGCAGAAGGUGAGUGUGUUACUGAAGAGUGCAGCGGCCAUGGCCCCCCGUUCUCUGGAGGAGAUGGUCCAGUCCAAACUCCAGAUCAUCACAGAGAGGGACCCAAUCACCAAGGAGCUGUUUCUACUGAUAGAUGGGGAGACCCUGAAGCGUCUGCAGGAUGUACGAGACAUGAUGCAGCACAUCCAGGACUCUGUCAUUAACGACGUGCACAGCUGCUGCAGGGAGGCGCAGCAGGCCAUCAAGGUCAUCGCCAUGGAGACGCAGGCCAGGACGACCCGGCAGCGCGUGACGCUGGAGUCCGGCAGGAGCACAGACGGACAGACGGAGUCCAGACUCAGGAUCGCGCCAGGGUGGUCGGAAAACGACAGGGUGUCAGAUGAUAGGUGGUGAGGGAAAAUGACAGAGAUGACAGAUGGUGAAGGUUUGUGUCAGUUUCCAUGCUAACAAUUUUGGUCAUCAAAAUAACACUUCUUUGUCAACAAACUGCCUUUCAAAAAUUUAUUCCAAUCAAAGCAUUCUUUGUCAGGAAGUUUUUGGAUUAUCACAGACAUUGCACUUUUGUUUACCGGUAAGUAACAAAUCACAAGAUGUAUAAUUGUGUAUAUUACUGUCAGCAAUGCAGCCUGGACUGUGUUGGCUAAUAAUAUUUCAAUCUGUGCAGAAGUGUUUCAUUUUGCUGUGUAUGAUGGCUAGUUCUUUAUGUCCAGAUAUGUUGUAAUAU